CCAUGCCCAACGCGUGCACCCUCUCCUGCCGCACGAGGGCGCCCCGGGCCUGCGCCCUCAGUGACCCCAGCCUGGGCGCGCCUGGGAGGCCCGGGUGGGAGGGACCGACUGAAUUCCCAGUCCCGCACCUCGGGGCCCCGCCGCUUCCGCCAGUCCCUGGGGCGUCCCAGGGAAGCCUGGACGCCUUGCCUUGGGCUCUGAACAGCCGACCCGCUGGGCACAGCAGCCCACACCCCUGGCAGAUGAAAUCAUGACGCACAUGUUGGAAAGAGGCCAGGGUCUCGGAGAUGCAUGGACACUGGGCAAACUAGGAAAAUAGAGGCCUGAGGAAACGGAAUGGUUGGCUCCUGGCCAUCCAGGAAGGUAGAUGGAAGAGACAAGAAGGCACAGAGAGGUUUAGUCGCCAUCGGAGAUCACACAGCCAGCCAGGGAUGAGAUGGCAAUCCACCCUGAUCCUGCUGGUCACUGCCUCUUGGGAAUCCUGUGCUCCCUCAGACACUGCCUCUUCCGAAAUCUUCUGCUCUUGUUGUGGACCCUCCUGAGUUGUCAUUUGGGGGGUACUGCUCAGGGUCUGGGGGAAUGGACGCCCUGGGGGUCUUGGAGCAGGUGUUCCAGCUCAUGCGGCCAGGGCGUCUCGGUGCGCAGCCGCCGUUGUGUCCAACUUCCUGGGGAGAAACCUUGCUGGGGGGACAGCCAUGAAUAUCGGGUGUGCCAGCAGCCGAACUGCCCCCCAGGGGCAAUACCCUUCCGAGACCUGCAGUGUGCUCUCUAUAAUGGCCAUCCUGUCCUGGGCAUCCAGAAGACCUAUCAAUGGGUGCCCUUCCAUGGGGCACCUAACCUGUGUGACCUCAAUUGCUUGGCUGAGGGCCACGCCUUCUACCAUAGCUUCGGCCGUGUGCUGGAUGGCACCCCCUGCACCCCGGGGUCUCAGGGCCUCUGCAUAGCAGGCCGCUGUCUGAGCACCGGCUGUGACGGGCUGCUGGGCUCCGGCGCUCUCGAGGACCGCUGCGGCCUCUGCGGUGGCGCCAACGACUCGUGCUUGUUCGUCCAGCGCGUGUUCCACGACGCCGGUGCCUUCGCCGGCUACUGGAACGUGACUCUGAUCCCCGAGGGCGCCAGACACAUUCGCGUGGCACAGCGCAGCCAUAAUCACCUGGCUCUGGUGGCCCGCGACGGGCACUACGUGAUCAAUGGCGACGGGGUGCUCAGCCCGCCUGGCACCUACGAGGUCGCGGAUACCCGCGUGGUCUACACCCGGGACGCGAGCCCGGAAGAGACCCUGCAGGCGAUCGGGCCCACCUCCCAGGAGUUGUUGUUGCAGGUGCUGCUGCGGGAGCCCAACCCAGGCGUGCACUUCGAGUUCUGGCUGCCCCGGGAGCGCUAUGGUCUCUUCCAGGCUCAGGCACAGGCCCUGAGCUGGCCCCUGCGACAGCCUCAGCCUCGGGAGGUGGAGCCUCAGCUUGCAGAGACCCCUGUGGUCCGGGAGGCCAUCCCUGCCCAGGUUGCAUCCCUGGCACCAGACUCCUGCGGGCCAUGCCCUGACAGCCGGGGUCGUGCACACCGGCUUCUGCACUACUGCGGCAGCGAUUUUGUGUUCCAGGCCCGCGUGCUGGGCCGGCACCGCCAGGCCCAGGAGACGCGCUAUGAGGUGCGUAUCCUGCUCAUCUAUAAAAGCCGCUCACCGCUGCGCACUCGAGAGUAUGUGUGGGCGCCAGGCCACUGUCCCUGCCCACCACUGGCUCCCCAUCGAGAGUACCUGUUGGCUGCCAGGCGACUGGUCAGCCAUGAUGGCACACAGGACCGGCUACUGCUGCCCCACGCUGGUUAUGCUCGGCUCUGGAGUCCUGCAGAGGACAGCAGACUUCGCCUGGCUGCCCGGCGCUGUCCAGUCUAAACCCCCAGAGGUUGGAGCCUCACCAGGCUCUUGUUCUGGUGUCGCAACUAAUUCGGGAAAAUCUCCUGCCAGUAUAUUUUGAAACAAGGUCUCUCACUGUGUAUGUUAACCUUGCCCAGCUGGCCUAGAGUUUGCUGAAUAGACCAGGCUGGCCUCGAAGUCACAGAGAUCCCCCUGCCUCUCCUCCCGAGUGUUGGGACUAAAGACAUACCUGUGCUGUAUCCAAGAACUUUAAGGACCUUCAAGAUCCUGGUUUCCUUUCCACCAAAAGACUUUGGUCCAUCCGUUUUUAAACUACUAUUUAAUUUUCACAAGAACUUGGAAAAAGAGCAAAGCCCUUCCCAUUACUUAGCUGUUCAGGUGUGAGGACACCCCCAAUUGAGUGGCAGCCACUGUGCUCAGACACCCCAUUACCAUCCUUUCCUGACCCUGCCUCCCAGUGCACUGAACCCAUUACCAGACCAGCACAGGAAGCAUGAGAAUUUAUGUGUCUCCUGUCCUGUUCUCUAUUCAGGCUGAGUUCACUGUAGCUUCUGAACAUCAUGGCCACUCAGCAAACCAUUCCCAGUGAGGCAUUCCUUAAAGCUGUCCUGUCUGGGUCCUGUCUCUGUCAUGUGGUCUAACUUGUCCACAGUGACCAUCCAGCUCUGGGACCCAGAGGCCAUUGGACUAUCAACCUUGUCCUUGCUUCUUCCCAAGAGCCCCUCUGGCCUCUGACUGCAACUGCACUCUUGAGGGCAGAGCAGUCAGUCACCUCAGACUUCCAAAGGCCUCUGUUUUCCCAUCUCUUAGCUCUGUCUGUGAACUCUUAUUCCCAUGAAUACUUACUGAGCACUGACUGUAUGUGGAGACCCAGGCGGAAGUGCAGUACUGUUAUGGGGUAAGAAGAGGGUCACUUUUUUUAAAAUAGGGCUUUAUGUAGUAGUCUUUUAUGGCACAGGGUGGGGUGCAGAGAGCACCAAGAAUCUCUCCAAAAUUCCACAAAACUUGUAGUUGGGGGUCUGCAGGGAUUUGUGGGGUCCCAGCGCCCCCUGGUGGCUGAAUCCCCCAGGCUGGGAGAUGGUUGGCAGGGGCCCGCUUCAGCAGGUCUUGGAGACCUCACACCCACCCAUAAUGGCUGUCUAAGGUGACACUAGAGACCAGGACAGGUCAUCUCUGGCCAGGUCCUGGUGCUGAGGCCAGUGCACAUGACAGAGGCCAGAUGUUCCCCUGGACUGCAGCAUUGCUCAGCCUGCUGGUUCCAAUGACAGGUAGCCAUCCCCACAAAUGCUGUUCAUCUCAAAUUUGGAUCUUUGUGGUAACCAAUAAAGAGGGGGGAUGUUUUAAUUUGAAAA